UUACUGUUUUUUUUUAUUAAAUAUUCUUAUUACCUAAUUUUUCUGUUUCAUGCCUCAUAUUUUGAAUCCAUACCAAAAUUAUCAUGCCUCAAAUUAGUUGUUAUUAUUAAUCAGAAGAUAGAAUAGAUCGAACUCGUACUUUUAGGGUUCCUGGAGUGAUCUUUUAAUCACUCAUCGGAGAUCUAGUUUCUUAGAGAACCCAAUCAGCAUAAUAAGAAUUAGUAGUUAUUAUUAAUCAGCAUCUCAUUAGGAUUUCUAUCAAUCAAUCACUGGAUUCCUCUUUUGCAAAGAAUUGGUGUUUUCGAGUAAUAAUUCAAAUAUGAAUAGCACUAAUAAUCGCAAUGCUUCCGCCGCCGCUAGUGCAAGAGAGCUGGGUUUAUCAGCAGCAUAUCCGCUGAAUAUAGUUAAAGAUGAACCUACGUCUGUCUCUCAGGUAAAUCAGAAAAUUUACCCUUCUGGUACUGCUAGUUUUGCUGGUGAUUCUAAUACUGACAUUGCUGCUGUUGGGUUACCAUCACCACAUCAGUUUUCAUCAGCUGGGGUAUCAGUUGAAAAGCCCCAUAAGACUUCUUCUGGAACACCAGCUUCUACAGUUUCUGAUCCUUCAAUGAAGGACUAUUCACACAAGAUGAAUAAUUUUGCACCCAAACCAGGUCAAAGUUCCCAUCAGCAAGCCUCCUUCAGGAGGGGAAUACGACCCCAACUUCCUGGAGAUUGGCACGAGUCUUGCCAUCAAAAUCAUAUGGGCAGGCGAGAACAUGAUCACCUUGACUGCAAUCCUCAUACCACCUUUAGUGGUAGAGAUGCUCAGCAUCAUCAUCAUAUGCAUCCGACAAUGAUCAACCCAAGAAACUGCAUUAGUCUUACUCCAAGGGGUGUAUCCUUCAUUCCAGCUGCUCCACUCCCUAUGUUUUCUGCUGGCGCAGGCGAUAAUUUAUACUCCAUAGUAGCAAAACUGAUAGAAUGCUACUUCAGCCAAGAAAGUCUAACGAGAAAUUGUAUCUUGCUGCAACACAUGAAUGAAGAAGGCUGGGUUCCUAUUUCUUUAAUAGCAGGCUUCCACCAAGUUAAGCAAUUAGUGAAAGGAGUUCCCAGCAUUCAAUUUAUUUUGCAAGCAGUGAGAGGAUCAGAAAUCGUAGAGACCAAGCAUGAUAUGAUAAGGAAGCGCAAUGACUGGAAUCAAUGGAUCUCGUCUCCAACAAACCCAGAGAUGAAAACCCAUUUGCAAAGUUCCAACCGGGAGGGGAGAAGUGAAGGUGAUAAAAUAAAGGAUCGUUUACAAGAGCUUGCUGCACGGGACAAAUUUGAGGAUAUACACAUGGGUUUCUCAAAGUUUACUUCUGAACUGCCAAUGAUUAUGGAUGAGGAUGAUAAAAAGAUGGUAGUUGAGGCUAUGGAGGCAUUACGUAGAAUUCUGCAAGAGAAAUGCAAUGUUGCCAAAGAUAACUAUGGUAAUGCUGCCAAAACUUAUUCUGAGGCGAUAACUCAACUUACUGACAGGCAUCCUGACUUUCUUGAUGAUCCAUCAUUCCAAGAGCUAUUAUCUGAUGAUUACAAAAAUCGCUGUGAACUGCUUGACGCAAAAAUAGCUGGAAUCAAGCUCAAGAUGCAGGCUGAUGAACUUGAUGAAGUGCAUCUUAAGAUCUUGCGAAAUAACCUGCUUGAGGACCAGUGUGAACCACUACUUAAUGAUCUGCUAAACUGGUUGCACAUCAUUCAAUCUGUGGAUUCUUACAUCAGAAUUGUAGCUGAAAAAGACAUCGCAUGACACUGAAAAGUCUUGCUAUUUAGCCUUUCUUUGGAUGGCAUUAUCGUUGCUACGACUGGGUAUCACAAGCUAGCUGCAUUAAUUGGUGAUAAGUUUGAUCUUUAUGUUGGAAGUACGCCCCCCCCCCCCCCUUUUUUUAAAUGGUGUUUAUAAAACCAUUCCAGAUAAUGCGUUGUUGGUAUAAUGCAAAUAUACGUUAAUCUAGUAUUUGUCAUAGGAACUAUAUAUGCAAAUAUAUGAGUUUUUUUGAGCAACAUUUUCGUAGGAA